AUGGCACCUAUUCAGCACAAGGCAUUGAUCAACUGUGAUCUGGGGGAAGCUUACGGCAAUUGGGUUUGCGGUCCAGACCUCGAGUUGCUCCCCAUGAUCGACAUUGCGAAUGUAGCAUGUGGCUUCCACGGUGGCGACCCCUUGAUCAUGAUGGAGACGAUCAGGAACUGCAAAGCGCACAACGUCAAAGUCGGCGCCCAUCCGGGUCUCCCAGACCUGCAGGGCUUUGGGCGGCGGGAAAUGAGGCUCUCCAGCGAGGAGUUGACGGCGAUCACAAUCUACCAGGUCGGGGCGCUGCAAGGCUUCUUGGAGCGCGAGGGCAUGACUCUCCACCACGUCAAGCCGCACGGAGUCCUCUAUGGCAUGAUGUGUCGUGAUUACGAAGUCGCCAAGGCCGUGAUGCUCGGUAUCCCCAAGGGGGUGCCCGUGUUUGGGCUGGCAGGCACAAACAUGGAGAAAGCGGCCAACGACCUCGGCGUGGAGUUCUGGGCCGAGCUCUAUGCCGAUGUCAAGUACAGUCCGGACGGGAUGUUGGUCAUCGACCGGAAGAAGAAGCCGUGGCAGCUCGAGGAUGUCGAAAAGCACGUUCGCCAGCAGGUCGAGACACAGUCGGUCACCGCCACGGACGGUAGUGUGGUGUCAUUGCCAUUGAAGGAUUAUAAACUCUCGAUUUGCUGUCAUUCUGAUUCUCCUGGUUGCGUGGAUAUUGUCAAGACCACGAGAAAAGUGGCAGAUGAAUUUAACAGAAAGUACAGUAAAUAG